UAGGCUACGUAUGGCGCAGCGUGGAUGACCAUCCCCUGAAAUUAUCCUCCGCAUUUAACGUUUUCUUUUCUGUAGAAAACAGUUACAAGGGACUCUGAUGUUGCAAUUACUGCAAUAUUUACAGAUACUGGUAUUUUUAAACGAGACGGCCAGUUGCCGUGUAAUAAGCCUUGCGCAUUUCAGGCGAAUUGGAGGACCUGUUCUCAUUCGCCGGAGAUGAGUCCACCGUCCACGGUCUCUGGAUCCAGCAUCUGAACGCCGAACAGCAUCUCAUCACCGCAGCUAUCACAGAAAACCGUUUAGCCUUUCCAUUCACUGGGUCCUGUGUGUAGUCACGGGGGGAAAAGACGAGACGUCCUUCUCAAUCGUUGGUUGUGUUUCAUCCAGCAAUGGGAGCCGUAGAAUAUCGAGAAGAGACGCCGGAUUCGAGUGGAUAUCACAGGAUACCGAUCAAGAAUGCUCUCCUGGCAAUUAUCUGUAGCUCUCUCUGAUACUUUUACCAUGUCAUACGGCUCCUCAAGGGUUUGAUCUAAAAUGUGCAAUGACCACUGAGCUACCAAUUGACUUGUCACUUGGAACAUACAUCUUGAACGUUUUCCCUUUCACUGUGAUUUUUACUUCUGUUCACGCCUGCGGUUCGUAUUCUUAUAACAUCACAGUAUAACUCUCCUAAACCGCAGCAACCAGAUGAGCACGAGCCGAUUACCAGCGCUAUCUGCUAUUUUGACCAGAUAGUCCCCGUUACCUCGCUCAGUACACUGAAAAUCCCGGUUUUCGGCGGAAUCACGGAAAAUUGCUACUAGUUUUGAAACCGGUGCUGCCUGGGAAAGAACCUGUCGUUACCGGGCUGGAUAUGUUGACAUUAACGUAAAGAUGGGGUUACAUUUUGGUCUCUUGUGGCUUCUCAACGUAUAUCUGGAGGGCAUCCAUUGCCAAGGAGUGUAUGCUCCUCCCUCUGUGCGCAUCAUACACUCUGGCCACGCAUGCAACAUCGAGGAGGAGCGCUACACGGAGAGGGUGUACACCAUCCGCGAGGGGGAGACCCUGGAGCUCACCUGCCUGGUCACAGGACACCCCAGGCCCCAGAUCCGAUGGACUAAGACAGCGGGCAGUGCCUCGGACCGUUUCCAGGACUCCAGUGUGUUCAACGAGACCCUGCGGAUCAGCCGCAUCCAGCGGCACCAGGGCGGCCGCUACUACUGCAAGGCCGAGAAUGGCCUGGGCUCGCCGGCCAUCAAGUCCAUCCGAGUGGACGUUUACUAUUUGGACGACCCCGUGGUGACAGUUCACCAGAGUGUGGGCGAGGCCAAGGAGCAGUUCUACUACGAGCGGACAGUGUUCCUCCGCUGCACGGCCAACUCGAACCCGCCCGUACGCUACAGCUGGAGGCGGGGGAGGGAGUACCUUUCGCAGGGCUCCGACAAGGGCGUGGAGAUCUACGAGCCCUUCUUUACCCAGCAGGGGGAGACGAAGAUCUUGAAGCUGAAGAACCUCCGACCUCAGGACUAUGCCAACUACACGUGUAUCGCGUCCGUCCGCAACGUCUGUGGCAUCCCCGAUAAGAACAUCAUGUUCCGGCUCACCAACAAAACAGCCUCGCCUAACAUUAAGCUACUGGUGGAGGACCCCAUCAUCGCCAACCCUGGGGACACCGUCACCCUGGUGUGCAUCACCUCCGGCGGGGAGCCCACCCCCACCCUCACCUGGGUGCGCAACGCCGAGGGCCUCCCCAAAAAGAGCGUCCUGAACGGGGGCACCCUCACGCUGCCCGCCAUCACCACUGAGGAGGCCGGCGUCUACAGCUGCGUGGCCAGCAACAACGUGGGCAACCCCGCCAAGAAGUCCACUAACAUCAUCGUCCGAGCCCUGAAAAAGGGUCGUUUCUGGAUCACGCCGGACCCCUACCACAAUGACGACAACAUCCAGAUUGGCCGCGAGGUGAAGAUCUCGUGCCAGGUGGAGGCUACGCCGCCCGACGAGCUGCAGUUCAGCUGGCUGAAGAACGGCCGCCCGCUACGCAGCUCCGAACGCAUGGUCAUCACGCAGACUGACCCGGACGUGGCACCCGGCACCACCAACCUGGACAUCAUCGACCUCAAGUUCACCGACUUUGGCACGUACACGUGCAUGGCAUCGCUGAGGAACGGAGGCAUCCCGGAGAUCAGCAUUGACGUCAACAUCUCCUCUACCACAGUUCCCCCUAACCUGACAGUCCCGCGGGGGAAGUCUCCGCUGGUGACGCAGGAAGGGGACACGGUGGAGCUGCAGUGCCUGGUGUCGGGCAAGCCCAAGCCCAUCAUCCUGUGGUCACGCGCCGACAAGGAGGCGCCCAUGCCCGACGGCAGCCUGCAGGUGGAGAGCUAUGAUGGGGUACUGCGCGUUGUUAACGUGUCGCGCGAGAUGAGCGGGCAGUACCGCUGCCAGACCAGCCAGUACAACGGCUUCAACGUCAAGCCCAGGGAGGCCAUCGUGGAGCUCAUUGUGCAAUACCCUCCGGCGGUGGAGCCCAUCUACACUGAGAUCCGGCAGGGCCUGGGCCGCGCCUUCACGCUGACGUGCCGCGUGCUGCGGGCGCACCCGUCCCGCGUGCUCAAGUACGAGUGGAAGCUGGGCACGCGCCUGCUCACCGUGGGCGACUUCAACCAGCGCGACGAGACCGAGUACCACGUGCGCGCGCUCAACCGCGAGGGCUACGGCGAGUACACCUGCGACAUCACCAACGAGGCUGGGGCUGGACGAUGCACCUUCCUGGUCACAGGUAAGGCCUUUCAACCGGAGUUCUACUACGACACCUACGGGGCUCUUUGGCAGAACAGGCCGCGGGUGUAUGGCUUCAAGCUCCAGUGGACCCAAAUGAACCCGGGCUCAGUGGACCGCAUCAAGGCCUACAGACUGGGAAUCAAGCAGACUGGACAGCAGCGUUGGUGGGAGCAGGAGAUCCAGCAGGAGGGCAACAUUGAGAGGGGCCAGCUGAUCACAUACAACCUGACCGAGCUCAUCAAGCCCGAGGCCUACCAGGUGCGCCUCACCCCCAUCACUCGCUUUGGAGAGGGUGACGCUGCCGAGAGAAUCAUCCGCUACAGUGCCCCUGUCAACCCCCACUGGAACAAGUUCCACUGCAGCUUCGAGGAGGAGGCCAUCUGCAUGUUCUCUCAGGACAAGACGGAGGAGUUCGACUGGACCCGGCACAGUGCGGCUACGAGGGACACCAAGUACACCCCCAACACCGGGCCAAGCAGUGACCGCAGCGGCUCCAAACAAGGUUUUUACAUGUAUAUCGAGACGUCUCGACCAAGAGUCGCUGGGGACAAAGCACGUCUGCUGAGCCCCUCCUUCAGCGUAGCUCCCAAAAACCCGUAUGGGACGGUCAGCACCAACCCCACCUACUGCUUCAGCUUCUACUACCACAUGUAUGGCAAGCAUAUAGGGUCUCUGACGGUGUAUCUGCGACAGAAGGGACAGACAGGGCCAGAUGCAUCUGUGUGGACCCUCAGCGGUAACCAGGGCGAACGCUGGAAGCAAGCGCGGGUCAACAUCCACCCAAAGUCAGCCUUCCAGGUUAUAAUAGAGGGUAUCCGUGGCAAUGGCAUUGAAGGAGACAUUGCCAUAGACGACGUGGCCAUUGAAGAGGGAGAAUGUCGAGACCCACCCCCCAAUAGCAAUCUAAGGUCCUCCGCCUCGCCCACCAGCAGGCAUAUAUGGCAGUCUUGUGUCGCCCUGCUCCUCGUGGUGAUGGGACAUCGAAGGUGACCUUCCGGAGGCGAGGACGCGCUCCUGGCUCAGCCGCCGCCGAGGCGAG